AAUGUGGACGCUUGCAGGUCAGGGUUGGUGGCGCGGACGCGCGCUCGCGGCCUGGGUCACCGAGGCGGCGCGUAUGGGGCUGCUCGGGCCGCAGCUCGCGUCCAGGGCUCCGGACCGGUGGUACAGCUCUGCAGGCCGCAAGGUGACCGCCUUGAGCCUCUAGUCAUCCCCGUCGUACACCGAGGGAGGGUGCUCCUGGCGAACUUGCCAGGGCUUCUUAGUUCUGACUACUUGUGGACGCAGGUUGCGCUCCUGUGAGGCAGGCGGGGCUCGGAGCGCGGGGCUGCGCUUCGGCUGCGGACUCCAGGGCUCGCCAGCGUGACCUUGGACAAGUCGUGUCCUCACUUUCCUCACUGCUGCUCUGUAGCUUUUUUUAUUUCAAGAAAUUUUGUUACACCAGGUGCUCUAAGGCUGUAGAGAAGUUGAAAAAAUUGAUAUGUCUUGUUUUCCUGUUGAAAACAUUAGAAAUUUCAGUAUCAUUGCGCAUGUGGAUCAUGGCAAAAGUACUUUAGCAGACAGGCUCCUGGAACUAACAGGGGCAAUUGCUAAAACAAAAAAUAAUAAACAAGUUCUUGAUAAAUUGCAAGUGGAACGAGAAAGAGGAAUCACUGUUAAAGCACAGACAGCAUCUCUCUUCUAUAACCAUGAAGGAAAGCAGUAUCUUUUAAAUCUUAUCGAUACACCGGGUCAUGUUGAUUUUAGUUAUGAAGUAUCCAGGUCACUCUCUGCUUGCCAAGGUGUUUUACUUGUGGUUGAUGCAAAUGAGGGUAUUCAAGCCCAAACGGUAGCGAACUUCUUUCUUGCCUUUGAAGCACAGCUAUCAAUAAUUCCAGUUAUAAACAAGAUAGAUCUGAAGAAUGCUGAUCCUGAAAGGGUUGAAAAACAAAUUGAGAAGGUGUUUGAUAUUCCAGGUGAUGAAUGUAUUAAGAUUUCUGCCAAACUUGGGACGAAUGUUGAAAGUGUUCUUGAUGCAGUCAUCAAAAGGAUACCCUUUCCUAAAGCACAUUGCAGAAAUCCCCUGAGAGCUUUGGUAUUUGACUCCACCUUUGACCAGUAUAGGGGUGUGAUUGCCAAUGUAGCAUUAUUUGAUGGAGUGGUUUCGAAAGGAGAUAAAAUUGUAUCUGCACACACUCAAAAGACAUAUGAAGUUAAUGAAGUAGGAGUCCUGAAUCCUAAUGAGCAGCCAACUCAUAAACUAUAUGCAGGACAGGUGGGCUAUCUGAUUGCUGGGAUGAAAGAUGUCACUGAAGCACAAAUAGGAGAUACAUUAUAUUUACAUAAACAACCAGUGGAACCCUUGCCUGGGUUUAAAUCAGCGAAGCCAAUGGUAUUUGCAGGAGUGUACCCUAUAGACCAAUCUGAAUAUAAUAACCUGAAGAGUGCUAUAGAAAAACUGACACUGAAUGAUUCCAGUGUGACGGUUCAUCGGGAUAGUAGCCUUGCUCUAGGUGCUGGCUGGAGGUUAGGAUUUCUUGGACUUCUGCAUAUGGAAGUUUUCAACCAGCGACUAGAACAGGAAUAUCAUGCUUCUGUUAUUUUGACAACCCCUACUGUUCCAUAUAAGGCUGUUCUUUCAUCAGCAAAAUUGAUAAAGGAAUACAGAGAAAAGGAAAUUACAAUCAUCAAUCCUGCACAGUUCCCUGAUAAGUCAAAAGUAACAGAAUAUUUGGAGCCAGUUGUUUUGGGCACCAUUAUCACACCAGAUGAAUAUACUGGGAAAAUAAUGAUGCUUUGCCAGGCUCGAAGAGCAGUUCAGAAGAAUAUGAUGUUCAUUGAUCAAAAUAGAGUAAUGCUUAAAUAUCUCUUCCCUUUGAAUGAAAUUGUGGUGGAUUUUUAUGAUUCUUUGAAAUCUCUGUCUUCAGGAUAUGCUAGUUUUGAUUAUGAAGAUGCAGGCUACCAGACUGCAGAACUUGUAAAAAUGGAUAUUCUACUGAAUGGAAAUAUUGUAGAAGAGCUAGUAACUGUUGUACACAAAGAUAAAGCAUACUCUGUUGGCAAAGCUAUAUGUGAACGUCUGAAGGAUUCUCUUCCUAGGCAGCUGUUUGAGAUAGCAAUUCAAGCUGCUCUUGGAAGUAAAAUCAUUGCAAGAGAAACUGUGAAAGCCUAUAGGAAAAAUGUUUUGGCAAAAUGUUAUGGUGGUGAUAUUACCCGAAAAAUGAAGCUUUUGAAGAGACAAGCAGAAGGAAAGAAAAAACUCAGGAAAGUUGGCAAUGUUGAAGUUCCAAAAGAUGCUUUUAUAAAAGUUCUGAAAACACAAACUGAUAAAUAAUUGGUGGGAAAAUAUAAGGAAUUUUCAUAAAUUAAAGAUUGUGUAUCUUUUAAUUUUCCUUAGUAAUUAUGUUGAACACAACAGAAGGAAAAAUUAUAAAAUUUGCUUGUUACCUUCAAGGUUUUCAAUUUUAAAUAACCUCUUGGCUUUUCUUUGGAAGACAAUAAUGGGUGGAGAAGAACAUAGAUUCUGAAACCAUAUUGCCUGGUUUCACAUUUCUGUUCCACCACUCACUAGGCAAGGUGACCUUGACCAACUUACCCUUUCUUUAUUCUUUAGUAAAAUCAGGAUUAUACUAUUACUUCAUAGGCUGUGAGUAUUAAAUAGUAUAUUUAAAAUGUUCAGAAGACUACAUGACACAUAGUCAAUGUUAAGUGAAUCUUACUAGUUUUCAAGCAUAUUCUUUACACUGAAAGGCCUCAUACUUAAAUAUUUGAUCUCAUUCCAAUUCCACAAUAAGCUUGUUAGAUGGGUAUAUUUAGAUGAUAUAUAUGAAACUAUUAUUAAAGUCAAAUAACAUAUAUUUAGACCUGUGAUCUAGUUUUUCAUAAAAUUUUUACAAAUGUUAUUUUGAACCAGUUUACAUAUAAAUUAAGGAUAUGAGCUGCCUUAUUCUGAGAAUUAAAAUGCAUUUAUGUAAAGGGACAGAUGUUUGAUAUUAAUAGCAACUGUCAUUAAUGGCAGUCUCAUAAUUAUUGUCUAGAUUUCAUAACUGAGACUAGUUGAGACUGACUGAAGCUUUAAAUAACUUAGUUGAGGUCACACAGUCAGUAAAUGGCUGUCUUACUUCAAAACAUGUCUUAGUAAAUAAGAGGGCAUAGUGUAUUAUAGUAAAGAUAAUUUAGCCAUUGAUUUUUGUCCUUUACCUUGAAUGAACUGAAUGAAGAUAAGACUGUCCGUGAUAAAUUUUAUACAAGGUUGUUAUAGUUAAUAAAUUCAGAUAGUGGCAACUUCCUUAAAAUUGUGUAUAGAGGUUAAGUUACAUGUGGCUUAGUCCUAGUUACAUAAAUUAAUCAACCAUCAUCUUCAUGUCUUCUAGCUCUGGUAGAUCAGAUGGAUUAUGAGAUCUCAUGACAGUAUUGUUUUAAUAUAAUUUCUGAGAUGUUCUGUCAUACCGUUAUGGCCAGGGGAAAGUUAGAAGUUGGUAGCCUGGCACAUAGUAUGGACUGUGUUUGCUAUUUAAUAUUUGUGCCUUACUUGUAUGUUACUGUAAAAGACCUUGACACUGGGAAAGACAGAGGAUGAGAUGGCUGCAUGGCAUCAUCACUCAAUGGACAUGAGUUUGCGCAAAACUCUGAGAGAUAAUAAAGGACAGGGAAGCCUGGCGUGCUGCAGUCCAUGGCGUCACAGUCAGAGACAACUGAGCAACUGAACAGCAGAAGUAUUCCUACAGCUUGGCACUUUUUCUUUUCCCUUUAACCUCUGACUUUUUAGGAAACAGUUUUACUUUUAGUAAAGUUGUACAAAAAGUAUCUUUCAGAUUUUUUUUUAGCACACUCUUCUCUUCCCCGACACUUUGAUAAAACAUGGUUUAGAGCUGUGUAUUCCCCCAGAGUAGCAGUCCCCAACCUUUUUGGCACCAGGGACAGAGUUCCUGGAAGGUUUUUCCACUGCUGGGGGGUGACUUGGGGAUGAUUGAAGCGCACUACGUUUUUAAUAAAAUUUUAUUUAUUGUUUUC